AUGGCAUUACAGGGGCAUGGCCCAGUGUACUGGGGUGGUGAAUCAGAAGAGGGAGAGAUACCCAGCAGAGAUGAUGAGGAGUUUCACUUUGUCAAGUUCAAAGAUGCCUGCCCCUUUGAAGGCCCCAAUUACCACAUUGCCCCCAGAUGGGUGUACCACCUCACCAGUGCCUGGAUGGUCUUCGUGGUCAUUGCGUCUGUCUUCACUAAUGGGCUCGUGCUGGUGGCCACCAUGAGGUUCAAGAAGCUGCGCCACCCUCUAAACUGGAUCCUGGUGAACUUGGCUGUGGCUGACCUGGCAGAGACCCUCAUCGCCAGCACCAUCAGCGUCGUGAACCAAAUCUAUGGCUACUUUGUGCUGGGCCACCCUCUGUGCGUUGUGGAGGGCUACACCGUCUCCCUGUGCG